CUCACAUACCCAGAAAAGAAUUAGGAACCCACCCAAAUGCCGACCCGCCAGCCAAUCCCGCAGCCGGUAUUUGAUGCAACUGCACCGAACCGCAGGGCAACCCCGAGGUCGGAAUGAAUCCAAUAACUCGAUAAAUCAUCACCUAACGACAGCGUUUGUCUACAGAUUAUUCCUGUACAGAUCCAACCUCUUUAUAUUCCCUAUACAUAUAUUAUAUAUAUUACAAAGUUUAUAACCACCUCAAUCACAACUUACUUACCCUCCCGAUCCAAAUUCAUAUAAGAAGAAUUUAAGAUGGACCCCCUAACAACCGCCCUCACUCGAAUUGACGCCCUUCACUCCGAAGACCCCACCAAAGUCUCCAACACCGACAUCCCUUACGAACUACACUACGCCGAGAAAAUGACCAGCUACCUAUACAAACACACCCCGGAUCCCUCCCCGACCCUCCAGCUCGCUAUUCGCGCCCAGCAUCUCAAGCGCUGGGAGGUACCCCGCAGUACUUACCCCGAUGGUAAAGUAGGGUACUAUUCCUGGCGGACGGCGGUGGCGCGCCGCCAGGCUGAGAUAGCGGUGCAGGUGUGUCUGGAGAGUGGCAUUGGGGAGACGGAGGCGGAGCGCGUGGGCCGGUUGAUUCGCAAGGAAGGGUUGAAGGGAGGGGAGGAUGCGGAGGCACAGAUUUUGGAGGAUGUGGCGUGUUUGGUGUUUUUGGAUGACCAAUUCGAAAAGUUCAAAGAAAACUAUGAGAGGAAGAAGGUGGUGGAGAUCUUGAGAAAGACCUGGGGAAAGAUGUCGGAACGGGGGAGGAGUUUGGCAUUGGAGUUGCAGAUGGGGGAUGAGGCAAAUGAUUUGGUCAAGGAGGCUUUGAUGGGUUAAAUUCCGGUCCAUAUCUAUUUGUUUUAUAUAGUAUAUUACUUUGUUAA